AUGAAGGAAAAAUACAAGCAAGCAAUUACAGAAAUCAAAGAACACUACGAGAAUGAAUUGAAUAAAUGCGAGGAAGAAAAGAAGAAAAUUGACGAAUACCGUAGUGUGGAUUGGGUAAAGUAUGACGAACAAACGAAGAUAAUAAACAGAGAGCGCAAUAGAAGAAAGAAUGAAAGCGAGGAAAACAUAGCUAUAAUCAAUUACGAGAUAAGAAAGAUUGAAUACGAGGAAAUAAGGAGAGAUCAUUAUUUCAUUGAUGAAAAUGAAGACAAUGAUGUACUGAAAAAUUAUAAAAAAGCAUACCAUCAGAAAGAGACAGAUUACAAGGCAGCUAAGGAAAAAUACGCGAAAGUAACGUGGGAUAUAGUUCAAAAAUACGGUGAUGUAAGGAAUGAAUAUGAGAAAGCAAAAGAAGAAAAAAAGAAAAAAAUGACAAAAGAAAAGAAGGAAAGAAUCAAGAAAAUCAAGGAAGAAAUCAAGAAUGAAAUUGAGGAAAUCAGAAAUAAAAUAGGUUGUGAUGGAAUUGCAUUUCACGAUUAUGCCGGUGGAAGAUUCGAAAAACAAAAUGAAAUCUCCAGAUUCAAACCAAACGACCUUGAAAAAGGACUUCCUCCUCCUGAUAUUGAUCCUAUUAGGGAGAAAGUGGAAACCCCUUCAAAAGAGGAGGAAUCGAAAAAAACCCCAAUUGAGGAGGACAAUGAACUGAAGAAAAUGCAUAUUAAAGAGGAAUCGGAGGAGCUAGAGCUAAAAUGGGAGGAACAGGAAUUGUUGAAUUUGGUGAAACAUGAACUUAAUAUACUGAAACUAGAAAGACAAAAACUGAUGGAGCCGGUACAAGAAAAUAUAGCACCAAAUUACUUACAAUCUGAGGAAAAACAAACUAAUAAACAAACUACAACGUAG